AUGGUUGCCGUAUCCCUAUUCAUUUCUAAGCCCAUACCAUUUGUCGAGGAGAUGCUCGAAGCGUUUGCAAGCUUGGAUUACCCAAAGAAGAAGAUAGUGCUAUACAUUUACAACUCACAACCUUUAACCAUCAAGACGGUCAUGAAUUUUUUAUCCAAGCACGGUGACGAGUACUACUCCAAAAAGGUGAUAAAUGGUGUCUCGGAGAUUGGCGACAGAGAGGCGAGGCAGGAUGCUUUAACGUUUGCAUCACGAUUUGAGACUGAAUUCCUAUUCCUUCUGGAUGGAGAUGUUAUGAUAACGAAUGAGAGGACUCUACAGAUUCUGAUCGAAGCGUCAAUAAACUACGAGUUGGGUAUUGUUGCCCCGUUAGUUGGACAACCACAUAAAAUGUUUACGAACUUCUGGGGAGCAAUUGCGCCUAAUGGUUACUAUCGCCGAAGCGAAGACUAUAUGGAAAUUGUACAGGGCAAGAGAUCCGGUAUCUGGAAUGGCCAUUUCAUGUACGUAAACAAUGAGUAUUACUUUGGUUUUCUCGUUGUCAGUGAUGAAUUUGCUGAGACUGUAAAGAAGGGCAAAUUACACCCAGAAAUGUGGGAAAUUUUCGAGAACCGCGAGAUCUGGGAAGCACGCUACCUGCACAAAGACUACAAGAAAUUACUCGAGGAAAAUCACGAAAUCAGUCAAGCCUGUCCUGACGUUUACCACUUUCCGCUGUUGUCUGAAAGAUUCUGCAAAGAAAUGAUUGAAGAAAUGGAACAUUUCGGGAAAUGGAGCGAUGGAACAAAUAAUGAUCCUCGCCUUGCUGGAGGCUACGAGAACGUUCCUACCAGAGACAUCCACAUGAACCAGGUAAUUCCAUGCAUAUCUCUACUAAUAGAUUGCCUCUUUUCCUGA